CACGUCGAGGCUUCUGGAGAACGCUCUGGGGAGCCAGUAGCAGCAAGCUUGUUUGCAUUGGGUGACCUUAUCGCUGACGCAGCGACUCCCCUGAGCACUCGCGGAAACGUGGUGCGGAUAAAGACACGUUAUAUGCUUAUCGGCGUGUGUAGCAAGCGUUUUGUGUGCACCGAAGCUGCAGCGUGUCGCGGACCUCUUGUCGAGAGAGUUUUUGAGGACAACUAACAUGUCGCGCCACGAUGUCAAAAUAUCGAUGCGUCGUCUCUUCUCCUGCGCAGUCCUCAAGCCUCAACUAUAGAAAUGAGAGUCGCCUUGUCAGCGUGCCAGAUGAUUGCUGCUCUCAUCAUCUCGACUCGUAGUCAAUCGCGGGCAUAGCGCAAACAGCGAUAACUGGAUUCCAAACGAAGUGGAAGACAUGGUUUGAUCUCGGUGGAUGAGUCAUUCACUCUCCUGCAGACAGUGGUCACAGACCCUUCACGAUAAGUACGUAAUCACUUUGUCGCUGCGCCUAGUGAUUACAAAUCGCAGUUUAGGCGUGCCAGUCCAUUCGGGAGCAACAGGCAAGGACGCUAAUGAAACCGUUACCAUGGGACUACGAUACUCUAUCAGUGAAGCCUACGCCGCUCCUGCAUAGCGUAGCCGCCCAAGCACAACGGAAAGACAAACGCGGCACCUUAUCUUCUACGCAUUGAUUAAGAGUCGAUAACACCCUUCGGAGAAUCUCUGGCGAAGUCCUCGGAGGAGCCCCCGGUGGCACUGAGCUCAUCGGAACGUCGCUGCAAACGUCGCUCGCCGAGACGAUGGCACCUCGGAGCUCCUACACGCUGCGCGGGUACUCGCGAGAGCUCGACUGGAGGCCCACGCGGUUCGUGGGUCCCGUGCCCUCGGUCCGGGUGUGCAGCCUGUGCGGCCUCAUACCGGACGCGACGGUGCAGCUGCCCUGCGCACACGUGCUCUGCGGCCUGUGCUUCGACGGUUGUCUCCGCCAAGGGGGCGUGUGCCCCAUCGACGGCCAGGGCUUUGCUCGUGAAGACGCCGAAUGGAUAUCGCUGUCGCUCGAGAGCUUCAUGCGGAGGAAGGUGCGAUGCUGGAAUGACGUAAAUGGUUGCGACGCCGUCGUCGAAGUUUCCAAGAUUGCAGACCACUUCAGCAACGAGUGUGCCUUCCACGCCACUUCCUGCUCAAGGUGCGGCUUCACGGUUCUUCACAGGGACGUCGUUGAACACCUCAAGUCCGGAUGCCGCUCCGCCGUCGUGCCGGGCACGACGGUCCCGGUUAUGACGGACGCCCAGAGCCAGUGCAGCGAAGUCGUCGAGCACCUCAAGUCCGAAUGCCUGGCGACCGCCGUGCAGGACAUGACUGUUCCGGCUACGUGUGACGCCCAAAUCCAGUGCAACGAAUGGAGCGUCACGAACAUGAGUGGACAGACCGACAAAGCCUUGGCACAGGCCACCGCGGCGCUGGAGCUCGCGUCUACGCAGAAGGAAUCUCUGGAAGCAGACCUGAAGGAGCUGAAGGAACUCCUGGCGCAAAGCUUCGCUGUUCUGAAGGCCAUGGAGAAAAGUUCGGUGGAGGCCCGGAGUGAGAGUUCAGAUAGGAGCGGCAAACGGCGAUCCUUGAGACACCGAGAGGGUAAUGGCAGCUCGGUCAAGCAGCUUCGGGAAGGCAUCGGUGAAGUACUGAGGGCGUGGAAAGACUAUCAGGCCAGGAGUCUGAACGCGCAUCGCAGCGAUUCGAGCGAGAGUUGCAGCGACAGGUCCGAGCCAUCCGCGGCUACGCCGGGUCCUGUCGCUUGCAGCGUCUGUCACGACUGGUGUGUCGGAAGCUACGCGGCGCUCAAAGAAGUCGCGCUCAGGGACGGCACAGUGGACGUGCCCAGUAGUUCGGGCUACUUCUUCGGCUACCGCAUCGAGCCCAUGAUCCGCUUCAAAACGCAUGGCAGCAGCCUCAGGAUGCACUUCGGGCUACAGGUGCUGCGGGGCGAAAAUGACCAGCAACUCAUGUGGCCGUUCCACCACUACGUACGGCUCUGGCUGGUGGUGCCGUCUGGCAAUGCGAGCAGCGGCUUGCCGCUGGAGAUCAUGCCGGAGACGGUCGACGGCCCGCUCUACGCCAGGCCCGCCGAAGGCUCGCGCGGCAACGGACCCUGCUUGAGCGCAGCCUCGGUCGACCUCAGGGCUCUCGAAUCUGGCGGUUACAUUGAGCAGGACAAGCUGCGGCUGCGCUUUGAAGUGCUACCGUGACGCGCGACGUGAGGUACCGGCAAUCAGCGCGCACAAUGUCGAUCAGCGGAGUCGGUGAUAGAAGGAUAGUUUGUUCACGUGAAAGCUAGAGUUGUUGUUCCGAACUGGAGUGCCUGAGAGUGCUGCAGUUCACCAGAAGGAGGAAAUGGUAGCAGAGGAAGUGAUCUAUGAUGAUCAUGGUGGUGUUGAGAAGGAGGAGAAAGACGAGAGAGUGCGUAUGUAUAAGUACAGUGGGGAGGUUGUCAACAGUGCUCGACAAUAUGCGCUGGCACUCAGAAAGUAUAAUAGGUACAGUUUUAAAAUCGGCAGCUAUUUAGAGUAAGGGUUCGCGAGAAAGUUCCGCCAUGACACUCCUGCAGCAAUCGUUCAUUGAGGGACUGUUUUCCCGCUUCAUUCUUGCACAGACUGUAGCUCUUAAACCGCCCGUCCAAUCGCUUGAUUUACAAAAAAUUUCCUACUUGACACUCGAUGCCAUUCUUCCAGCUACAUGAUCACGCAGUGGGCCUAAGACGGUGGUACAAGGCGAUAAUUUAGUAAAAAAAAAAUUUCAAUAACGUGCCUCCACGAGCGAGGCAAGAACGUAUAGUAGCGCUUCAGUUAGCAGUGGUAGUCGAUGCCUAAAAUGAGGAUAGUCGAACAUGUGAUACCUGAGAAUCUUUGCUUCUUCAAGUUUCAGCUGACAUGCCCAUCAGGCAUUCUAGACUCGCGCAUAGCCUGCAAUGAAUAUAGUCGUGGUUGCAUCACUGCCAAUCUCUACAUUGUUAGACUGUGCCUUACUCAUAUAUUUUAUAUCGCCCUGAAAGGCACCUUCGUAUACUUACCUGCUCAUCGUAUCUGAGUUUGCACAAGCCACUGGACUGCGGUACAGUCGCUCAUGUUUUGCCUUUCUUCAACAAGGCGUCAGGGGACAUUAACGAGGUGCCCGCCGAGGCAUAUACCUGUACAUUGUCCACACCAUCCGCUUUUCAAGAAGUUCAUUCAAAGAUAGUCAACACAUGCAAUCCUUUCAUACGCCUCCCAACCCGUAUAUAUCACUGUACAUCAAAUAUUUGCCGUACUCAUGAGUCAAUAAAGAAAAACGUAGA